AUGUCCACAGCUGAAAACAUAGCGGCUGCCUUGAAAGACGCUGAGCGCGUUUGCAAGAAACAGAAAUUAUGUGCUUGCAAGACAGCACAGUGCAUUGAUAAGCUAGCUGAGGCGCUUCGGGCCGCUGAAUUUGAUUCACCAGACGAUGCGCUUUGCCCCGACGGUCUUCACGAGCGAUUACUCAAUCCUGCUGAAAAACUCCUGAAAGAUCUUACGGAAAGCACGAAGGACCUGCACAGUGCAGUAAAUAAGCUUGGAAAGGCUGUAGACAAAACCUUCGUCCAGGACAUAUGCGCGGCGAUCAGGCCUGUUGAUUUCGAUCAGCCCACCCUGAAUAAGGUGAUAGCAGAGCACUUCUACCAGCAGGGAAACUUCAGAGUUGGGGACGCCUUUGUCAGAGAAGCUGGUAUCGGCAAUGGCGACGCGCUCAAGAAGCCGUACAUAGCCAUGCACUCUGUGCUUAAAGAGGUGCUAGGACACAACUUGCAGCCAGCCCUGCACUGGACAGAGGAACACAAGGAAGAUCUCAGGGCCAGCAAUGGCAGCGCUGCUGUCAGCUCCUUCGAAUUCAGGCUACACCGCCUCCAGUUCCUCCACAGGCUGCAGACUGCAGGGCCCAGCCAGGCUCUGGCAUAUGCGCGGGCGCACUUUGCAAGCUUCCAGGAGACUGAAAUGGGGGAGAUACAGCGCCUGAUGGGCUGCCUGUGCUUUGUGAGACGGCCCGGAUCGUCGCCGUACUCAGACCUGAUGGCUCCGGCACAGUGGAACGAUGCUGCUCGAGAGUUUGCUCGGCAAUGCUGCGGACUGCUGGGCCAGGCAUGUGAGAGCCCUCUGCUAGUGGCAGUUGCUGCUGGCAGCAUUGCUCUGCCCACGCUCCUGAAGCUUGCCACAGUGAUGGCAGGCCAGAACCAGGACUUCCAGACGUGCACGCAGCUGCCUGUGGAGCUGGAGUUGGGGAGCGAGUUUGUGUUCCAUUCUGUCUUUGCUUGCCCCGUGUCGCGGGAGCAGAGCACAGCGGAGAACCCACCAAUGCUCUUGCCUUGCGGGCAUGUUCUGUGCAAGCAGUCCCUCCAGAAAAUUGCAAAGAGUCCUGCGCGCGCCUUCAAGUGCCCAUACUGCCCCGUGGAAGCCACGAUGAACAGCUGCCGAGCAAUCUUCUUCCCUGACGCUGAGUAA